AUGUCGUCGUUUUCACCGAUGAUUGAGAAAAUUCAUAAUUUUGGAAUAUAUAUGAAAAAGGGAAAACGAGCAAUUUUACAGUUAGAUUUUCCUGGCAGGUCUUUUAACAUUAUUCAAAGAGGUCACAUCAAGAAGAAUUUUCGCUUUGAAAACUUGGUCCAUUUUGAUUCCGCAGAAGAUCUUCAUAUUAUAUUAACAGUUGGUGAAACAGAUUUAGAAUUCCAAGCUGAUAAUUCAGAAGAAAAAUAUACCAUAUGUAGAUUAUUAUCCUUGGUUAUUGAUCUAUCACCUCAUGAAUAUGCAAAUUUAGGUUUACCAUCACUUACUAAAGAUAAAUCUUCUGGGGUGAGUGUUCUACCACCAGUAUCACUACGACAAGAGAAGAUUCUAAGAGAAGGUGUUCUGGAAAAGAAGGGGAAUACAACCAUUACGACUUGGAACAAACGCAGAGUGAAGAUAUCAGCAGGCGAAUUCUCGUAUUAUAAACCCGGAGAUGAGCUAGCGUUGAAUAUUGUACAAAUCUGGGAUGGUGCUACUCAUAUUAAGAGAAUAGGUAACAAUAGUUUCAACGUGGUGAUCAGAGAUUCUAGAACAUACAGUUUCCGAUGUCUAAGUGAAUCAAAAUCGAAGUCUGUUGAAGAAGAAAGAGAUGAAUGGGUGAAGGAUUUUGAGAAAGCUAUCAGAACUAGAAGAAAUACUCUGGUGUAUAUUGAUGAUAAUUUAUUGAGCAGUAACCAACAUAAAUCGGAUGAAUUCAGUUAUCCACCAACUUUAGAAUCGACACCUUCUUCAGAACUAACACGUGUGGAGAAUUCUCAAGACUUCAGCACUAAACAGUAUGAACAAAAUAGGAAGCCAGAAAUAACAGCUCAUCUAAGUGUCAGCGUUAGCUAUGUAUCAGAUAAAUGUCACGAUUCGGACCGGAAGAGUCCGAUGCCACCAUUAUCGUCGACCACUACAACACAAACAUCUCUCUCCAGUAAAGUUCCCAUCCAUGUUCCCUCUCCAUCUCGAGUUAUUCCAAAACCACCCACCAUGUCACCAGAUCCAAUCUAUUCCUUACAAACCUCCGUAACAAAUGAUGCCUCAUCACCCCCACCCCCUGACAUGGUUAAACCUUUCCAAAACACGGCUGUGGUCAAACCUUAUGCUGUGUCUGAUGUCAGUGGGGAAGCGAUGACGGGAGAACAACCGUCAGUUGCUAAUGCCCGAGCAAUGUUUGAAGAGAAGAGUAAGAAGAUGGCUGAGGAGGAAAUAUCUCCCAGAGAACGCAAAAGAGUUCCUACUCCACCUGAACCACCACCAAUGGAUUUGAUACCAGACGAUAAUAUUCCUCCACCCGCCGGACCACCUCCACCUCCGCCACCACUACUUAACGUCAAGAAAGCUGGUGUCAAACUCUCUGUUCUCCCUUCCACAAAACUUAAACCAGCACACUGGACCAAGAUAUCAAAGUCAGCUGCCUCCAAUUCUAUAUGGAAAGACAUGCGGGAUGUUACAAAGAAACUCAACUUAGCCACACUGGAAGAUCAGUUCGCAAUGAAAGAAAAAGAUGAUAGAAGACUCAGUAAAGAGAUCCCAGACUCGGGAAAAGCGACACCCAUGUUGGAUCAGAAGAGAGCCCAUGUAUUGGGUAUAAUAGUCAAUAGUAUGAAGAUAGCGGGUCAUAUCAACAUGUUGGAUAUCAUAUCUACAAUAACUGAGACAGAAACAUUCCCUUCAGAAACUCUCUCCACAAUUCGCAGUUGUCAGCCCACAGAUGACGAUAUAGAAAUGUAUAAAGCAUAUAAAGGUUCUAAAGAUGAUCUCAAUUCAGUCGAUAAAUUUAUGAUGGAACUAUGUGAAGUUCCAAAGAUAGACUUGCGGCUGGAACUUUUACAGAUCAUCUGGGAAUUUCCCAAAACUUUUGAAGAAGUUCAAGAGGAAGUCGAUGAUAUCUGGCAAGCCUGCGAUGAAAUAGUUGGUUGUACUAAAUUAGUCAACGUUCUGGAAUAUCUACUAGCUAUAGGAAAUCUCCUCAAUGCUAAAUGGUCUUCAGGAUAUGGUGUUCCUGGGUUCGAAAUUACUUCAAUCGACAAGAUUAUAGAAGUAAAAGGGAAGAACAACACCACUGUACUGAACUAUCUGAUAACAACCUUAAAGAAGAACGAUCCCGAACUGUUAGACUGGAGUUCGACAUUGAGCCACGUGUCAAUAUCAUCAGAAUACUCGGUGAAGGCUAUAGGAGCAGAAUUAGAAGUUAUGAAAAACGACCUUAUGAAAGUUAAGAAACAUAUGAAAGUGCUAAAACCAUUGCUGACUUCAAAAUCAGAUAAGAAGUUUCAAACAGAUGUCCAUGCAUUUGUUAAUGAGAAUGAAAAGAAAUUGGAUAAACUAGAUGCCAAAUCACAUCAACUUGCAAAUAAAUAUAUCAGAGCUUUGGAAUUAUUUGGGGAAAAGUCUGAUAAACCAUCUGACGUCUUCUUCGGUUGUAUACAAAAUUUUAUGGAGAGUUUCCAGCAAGCAAGGGGUAAAGGCAACCGAUAA